CAAUCCAUUCUUUAGCGGAGCACACGGUCGCCCACGCGAGGCCGCAUCACCCCACCGCCCGCCAGGCGCUCGACGAAACGGGCGGCGCUGCCGCGACGUGUCCCGCCGCGCGCGCCCGCGUGCUCCCCGUCCGCCUCGCCGCCCUCGCGCCACGCCACGCUAUCUAAACGCGCUUCGGUUCGAUCCUGUAUUCCUCGAACGACCCACCGCUUCCUCGGUUCACUUAUCUUCCUACUGCCCAUGGCCGCCAGCCUCGCGUUGUCACUGCGCCUAGCGCCGGCGCCGGCGCCUAGACUCCGCCGCCGCUGCCGCGGAGGGGUUCUCGCCUGCCGCGCCACCGCCACGUUCCACCAGCUUGAUGCCGUCACGGUGAGGGAGGAAGAGUCCGAGUUCAAGAAGGCGGCGGCGGAGGGGUGCAACCUGCUGCCGCUCAAGAGAUGCAUCUUCUCCGAUCACCUGACGCCGGUGCUCGCGUACCGGUGCCUCGUCAAGGAGGACGACCGCGAGGCGCCUAGCUUCCUGUUCGAGUCCGUCGAGCAGGGAUCCGAGGGCAACAAUGUGGGGAGGUACAGCGUGAUCGGGGCCCAGCCCGCCAUGGAGAUCGUGGCCAAGGCCAACCACGUGACCGUGAUGGACCAUGAGAUGAAGUCGAGGAGGGAGCAUUUCGUGCCUGAUCCGAUGAAGAUCCCCAGGAGCAUUAUGGAGCAGUGGAACCCGCAGAUUACCGAUGGCCUCCCUGAUGCAUUUUGUGGAGGAUGGGUUGGAUUCUUCUCAUAUGAUACAGUGCGUUAUGUUGAAACAAAGAAGCUUCCUUUUACUAAGGCACCACAUGAUGAUAGGAACCUUCCUGACAUCCAUUUAGGCCUCUACAAUGACGUAAUUGUAUUUGAUCAUGUUGAAAAGAAAACACAUGUUAUUCAUUGGGUGAGGGUGGACUGUUAUCGUUCUGUUGAUGAAGCAUAUGAAGAUGGAACAGAUCGGCUAGAAACUUUGUUAUCAAGAUUACAUUGUCUUAAUGUACCAACACUUUCUUCUGGUUCUGUUAAACUUAAUGUUGGUCACUUUGGCUCAGCAUUACAAAAUUCAUCAAUGUCAAGUGAGGACUAUAAGGACGCUGUCAUUCAAGCAAAAGAACACAUUCUGGCUGGUGACAUCUUUCAAGUAGUCCUAAGCCAGCGUUUUGAGAGGCGAACAUUUGCUGACCCCUUUGAGGUGUACCGUGCAUUACGCAUUGUAAAUCCUAGUCCAUAUAUGGCCUAUCUACAGGCACGAGGUUGUAUUCUCGUGGCAUCAAGUCCCGAAAUUCUUACUCGGGUGGAAAAGAGGACAAUUGUCAACCGGCCACUUGCUGGAACUAUAAGAAGAGGGAAAACGAAAGCAGAGGACAAGGUUUUAGAACAGCUGCUUUUGAGUGAUGAAAAGCAGUGUGCUGAACAUAUUAUGUUAGUAGAUCUUGGGCGAAAUGAUGUCGGAAAGGUGGCCAAACCUGGUUCAGUUAAGGUGGAGAAACUUAUGAAUAUUGAACGAUAUUCACAUGUGAUGCACAUCAGCUCAACGGUUACCGGGGAGCUACGUGAUGAUCUUACCAGUUGGGAUGCGCUGCGGGCAGCAUUGCCUGUUGGGACAGUUAGUGGUGCUCCAAAGGUGAGAGCAAUGGAGCUGAUUGACCAGAUGGAAGCGAAGAUGCGUGGGCCGUACAGUGGUGGCUUUGGAGGGAUUUCCUUCCGCGGUGACAUGGACAUUGCACUCGCUCUUCGUACUAUCAUCUUCCCCACCGGAUCUCGGUUCGACACCAUGUACUCCUACACAGACAGAAACGCACGCCAGGAGUGGGUGGCUCACCUCCAGGCCGGAGCUGGGAUAGUGGCUGACAGCAAACCGGAUGACGAGCACCAGGAGUGCCUGAACAAGGCUGCCGGCCUUGCUCGUGCCAUUGAUCUUGCCGAAUCUACAUUUAUAGAUGAGUAGUCUACUCCGUACUGUAGAGACACGUUUGAUGCUGCAGAUCAAGGUGUGUUCCGUACUGUAGAGAUAUGUUUGAUGCACUUUUACGAUUUAGUUUCACCUCGACGCUUGCGAUCAUCAAGAUGUGUUCUGUACUGUAGAGACAUGUUUGAUGCUGCAGAUCAAGGCGUGUUCCGUACUCUGUAGAGACAUGUUUGUUUCUAAAUUCUAUAUAUUGCUGUCUGUAGCAGAAAUCUUAA